CUAUGUCCUUGUCUAUUGUCUGAUAGUUUUUCCUUUGCCACAAACAUCAGGGUUUUGGUGGGGGCGGGGGAGAGUUGCAUUGUGCAGAAAAGCUAAACUCCUAGUAGGAUUACCAUGCAUUUGAAUAGGAGAGGCGGUUAGGUGUCGGAAUCGGGUAGUUCGCCCUAACGAGACGUGGGUCGCAGAUGGGUUGCGUGUGUGAGUCGAAGGGUUAACAAUCCCACGUGACCGUAAGGCUAAAUUGUGCAGCGCUAUGAUGUAUACACGCCCGACAAGUCAAUAUUAGGUAGCUAGUCCAAGCUUAAAUGAAACACAAAGACUGUAGACUCUCCCAGCUCCUAGGUCUUCUCGAUAGCUGUACUCCCAGGAAGACUCAGCAUAGAACAAUAUUUUAAUCAUAACGUUACGCAACAUAUAACAAGCAUAGGGCACAAGCAACGACAUAUGGGCAUUUGAGCAACGACAGAUGGGCAUUUGACAUUUGCUAACUUUGCCCGCUUGUAUUAAUAAUUGUGCUAUUUGUAAUAGCCUGGUCAACUCCAACAAGCUAAUCUAAUUUUUCCAACAAUUGUGUCGCAAUAAAAGAAUGGGAGGAUUUGUACCCAAAUGUUCCGAACAUCUAUUUUCAUGCGUACAUGCAGCUAAAUUUCACAUAAUUAUUCAGUCAGCGAUUCUGCCGGUUGUACCCAAAUAUUGCACUUACAUUAGCCUUAAUUGUUUCAAAUGUAUCUCCAUUUACUAGAUAACAACUCAAUCAACAGCUGUUCUGCCCAUCCCUAUUAGCAACGGACACUGAUAUUAUUGAUAAGAGGAAGCUAGUUUUCCCAACAAAAAUAACGUCAGGUGGCUAAUUUGUAGCCUGCAUGUAGCGACAGCGGUGUGUACUUUUGUUGUCACAGAAAUAUAUCAAUAUUUUUAUUUUACAAAGGCUCUGUAAAAUAGAAAUAUGUUAUCAAGAACAUUGUGUGCCGCCAUACCACACGCCCAUACUAACUGUCCUUAAUUUCUCUCCUACAGCAGUACUGCUUUGCCAGUCCUGUACUGCACUCUGUUAAGGGCGCAGCAACUCAUCCUGUGUAGGUUAUGGGGGACACAGUGCAUAGUUUUUUUUUUUGUCAGGGUCCACAUGCUAGUUACUCUGAAGGGAAUCUGCUCAGCUAGACGUACUCUUGAUUCCCAAGAAAAGACCCUUUAAUUUAUUUAUUUUUCUGUAAUAUUUGGCUUGGAAACAGCCUUACUUCCAGAUCAACCUUAAGUUGCAUAAUGUUUUGUGGGUUGUCCCCCGAGAAGAUAUUUUCUUAUUUUUUGCAAUUUUUUUGAGUGCCAUAUAUAUCAAUGCAACACAGGUGGUAUACUGUUGUGUGUAAGUUCAAACCCUUUUCCAAAGUGUUACUAAUGGUAAAGAGCAAUUUUCUAGGCUGCUUUUCUGCCGGUUGAAGUCUGACUGCAGAUGGACCCUUGGCACUGAAAGUGAGGCAAAACGCCAGACCCCAAGCUGCAGGUCAGGUCGUACAUGGACGUCAUGAGGGAGCAGAACCUGUCCAAGGAGGAGAGAGAGAUCCGGCUGCAGAUGGUAGAGAAGGCCAAGUCAGGCGACCUGAAAGCUGUCAACGGGUUGGCCGCCAGUCAAGCUGCCGCUAAACGCAAGCGUCGCUGGGACCAGACAGCUGACCAAACACCCUCCAAUUCCACCCCCAAAAAGAUGUCCAGCUGGGACCAGGCUGAUGCCGGUUCUGAGACCCCAGGACACACUCCCGCACACACACCAUCCAACAGCCAUUGGGACGAAACCCCCGGCCGACCCAAAGGCAGCGAGACCCCCGGCGCCACCCCCAGCACCCGCAUGUGGGACCCCACCCCAAGCCACACACCGGCCGGCGCCGCUACUCCCGGAAGGGACACUCCCGGCCAUGCCACACCCGGCCACGGAGGAGCCACGGGAAGCGUCCGCAAGAACCGCUGGGACGAAACUCCAAAGACAGAGAGGGAGACCCCCGGACACGGGAGUGGCUGGGCCGAAACACCACGCACAGACAGGGGGGACGAGUCUGUAGGGGAGACCCCUACACCGGGGGCCAGCAAGAGGAAAUCCCGUUGGGAUGAAACCCCAGCUAGUCAGAUGGGCUCCUCGACUCCACUGCUGACCCCUGGAAAGACCCCGAUAGGAACGCCUGCCAUGAACAUGGCCACCCCAACACCAGGUCACCUGAUGAACAUGACUCCAGAGCAGCUGCAGGCCUGGAGGUGGGAGCGGGAGAUCGACGAGAGAAACCGGCCCCUCACAGAUGAUGAGCUCGAUGCCAUGUUUCCCGAAGGAUACAAGGUCUUGCCUCCACCAGCUGGCUACGUACCCAUACGCACACCGGCCCGCAAGCUAGCCGCCACCCCCACCCCCAUCGGAGGCAUGACGGGCUUCCACAUGCAAAUAGAGGACCGCACCACCAAGCAGAUGAACGACCAACCCUCUGGGAACCUCCCCUUCCUCAAACCCGACGACAUCCAGUAUUUUGACAAACUGCUGGUUGAAGUGGAUGAAUCCACUUUGAGUCCUGAAGAACAGAAGGAAAGGAAGAUCAUGAAGCUGCUGUUGAAGAUUAAAAAUGGAACCCCGCCCAUGAGAAAGGCGGCCCUGCGGCAAAUCACAGAUAAAGCUCGUGAGUUUGGGGCAGGACCACUUUUCAACCAGAUCCUGCCACUGCUCAUGUCCCCCACCCUCGAGGACCAAGAGCGCCAUCUGCUGGUUAAAGUUAUCGACCGCAUUCUCUACAAACUGGAUGACUUGGUUCGACCCUACGUACACAAGAUCCUGGUGGUGAUCGAGCCCCUACUGAUUGACGAGGACUACUACGCCCGAGUAGAAGGCAGAGAGAUCAUUUCCAACUUGGCCAAGGCUGCCGGCUUAGCAACGAUGAUCUCCACCAUGCGACCCGACAUCGACAACAUGGACGAGUACGUCAGGAACACAACCGCCAGAGCCUUUGCCGUGGUCGCGUCCGCCCUGGGCAUUCCCUCCCUGCUGCCCUUUCUCAAAGCCGUCUGCAAGAGCAAGAAGUCCUGGCAGGCCCGGCACACGGGCAUCAAAAUCGUGCAGCAGAUCGCCAUUCUCAUGGGCUGCGCCAUCCUUCCUCACCUCCGCAGCUUGGUGGAGAUCAUCGAGCACGGUCUGGUGGAUGAGCAGCAGAAGGUGAGGACCAUCAGUGCCCUGGCCAUCGCCGCUCUGGCUGAAGCCGCCACACCGUACGGUAUCGAAUCCUUCGACUCGGUGCUCAAGCCCCUCUGGAAGGGUAUCAGACAGCACAGAGGAAAGGGUUUGGCCGCCUUCCUCAAAGCUAUCGGUUACCUCAUCCCACUGAUGGAUGCCGAGUACGCCAACUACUACACCAGGGAAGUGAUGCUGAUCCUCAUCAGAGAGUUCCAGUCCCCUGAUGAGGAGAUGAAGAAGAUUGUGCUCAAGGUGGUGAAGCAGUGCUGUGGCACUGACGGUGUGGAAGCUAACUACAUCAAGACAGAGAUCCUGCCACCCUUCUUCAAGCACUUCUGGCAGCACAGGAUGGCCCUGGACAGACGCAACUAUAGACAGUUGGUGGACACCACCGUGGAGCUGGCCAACAAGGUAGGAGCGGCUGAAAUCAUUUCUCGCAUUGUCGACGACCUGAAAGACGAGGCGGAGCAGUACCGUAAGAUGGUGAUGGAGACCAUCGAGAAAAUCAUGGGCAACCUGGGAGCGGCUGACAUUGACCACAAGCUGGAGGAGCAGCUGAUCGACGGCAUCCUGUACGCCUUCCAGGAACAGACGACAGAGGAUUCCGUGAUGCUUAACGGCUUCGGCACGGUAGUCAACGCACUUGGCAAGCGCGUCAAGCCCUACCUGCCUCAGAUCUGCGGUACGGUGCUGUGGCGUCUCAACAACAAGUCGGCCAAAGUGCGUCAACAGGCCGCCGACCUGAUCUCUCGCACCGCCGUGGUCAUGAAGACGUGUCAGGAGGAGAAACUGAUGGGUCACUUGGGUGUGGUGCUUUACGAGUACCUGGGAGAAGAGUACCCUGAAGUGCUGGGUAGCAUCCUGGGUGCACUGAAGGCCAUCGUCAAUGUCAUCGGUAUGCACAAGAUGACCCCGCCCAUCAAAGACCUGCUUCCUCGUUUGACCCCCAUCUUGAAGAACAGACACGAGAAAGUGCAGGAGAACUGCAUCGACUUGGUGGGCAGGAUAGCAGACAGAGGUGCGGAGUACGUGUCGGCCCGGGAAUGGAUGAGGAUUUGUUUUGAACUGCUGGAGCUUCUCAAGGCCCACAAAAAAGCCAUUCGCAGAGCAACUGUCAACACGUUUGGUUACAUUGCUAAGGCUAUUGGCCCCCACGAUGUCUUAGCCACGCUGCUCAACAACCUGAAGGUGCAGGAGCGGCAGAACCGCGUGUGCACCACAGUGGCCAUCGCCAUCGUGGCAGAGACGUGUUCGCCCUUCACCGUCCUGCCAGCGCUCAUGAACGAGUACCGCGUGCCCGAGCUCAACGUGCAGAACGGGGUUCUCAAGUCGCUGUCCUUCCUGUUUGAGUACAUCGGUGAGAUGGGCAAGGACUACAUCUACGCCGUCACGCCGCUGCUUGAGGACGCGCUCAUGGACAGAGACCUGGUCCAUAGGCAGACGGCCAGCGCCGUGGUCCAGCACAUGUCCCUCGGCGUCUACGGCUUCGGCUGCGAGGACUCCCUCAACCACCUGCUGAACUACGUGUGGCCCAACGUGUUUGAGACGUCACCGCACGUCAUCCAGGCCGUCAUGGGCGCCCUGGAGGGGCUCAGGGUCGCCAUCGGGCCGUGCCGCAUGCUGCAAUACUGCCUACAGGGUCUGUUCCACCCAGCCAGGAAGGUGCGAGAUGUUUACUGGAAGAUCUACAACUCCAUCUACAUCGGCUCGCAGGACGCCCUCAUCGCUCACUACCCUCAAGUGUACAACGACGAGAAGAACAUGUACGUCCGCUACGAGCUGGACUAUGUCUUGUAAAUACUCCUUCCCUUCGCGUUUUCUUGGUUCUUUGUUUCGUUCCCCCAGCAGAUGCGUGAUGUCCACAGUGAGCAGUAAAAGUAGGUGCAGUCCCACUAAAAGAACAAUCUAGAGUCUGUACGUAAUCAACACAUCUCCUCUUUAUUUCCUCCUCAAUGCCAGAAACCAGUUGGAAUUGUUUUAAAUAUUUGCAUAUUUCCCGUCUAUCCAUUCUGAUUGGAUGUUCCCUCAUUUCACAGCUCUUAUUAUUAGGUUGUUGUUUUUAUUUAACCGAAUAAAAGGUUUGUGUACA